AUGUCUGAUCCUGUUGAAUUGCUCAAGAGAGCUGAAAAGAAAGGUGUUCCAUCGUCUGGAUUCAUGAAAUUUUUUGGUAAUUCUGAUUCUUACAAGUUUGAAGAGGCCUCAGAUCUAUGUAUUCAAGCUGCUAAUAUCUACAAGUUACGUAAGGAGCUGAAAUUGGCCGGUGAUUCCUUCUUACAAGCUGCCAGCUAUCAAAUAAAAGCUGGUAAUGAGGACGAUGCAAGUAAUAUUUACAUUGAUGCCUAUAAAUGUUUCAAGAGUGCUGGCCAAUCGAAUGAUGGGGUUACUGCAUUGAACUCUGCGAUAGAUCUUUUCACUAAAAGAGGUCAAUUUAGAAGAGGUGCUAAUUUUAAAUUCGAAUUGGGUGAAAUGUACGAAUUGGAUUUAAACGAUCAUAAAAAUGCCAUUGACGCCUUCGAAGUCGCUGCAGACUGGUAUUCCCAGGAUCAAGCCAUUGCUCUGGCUAAUAAAUGUUGGAUUAGAUGUGCUGACUUGAAAGCAUUGGAUAACAGCUUCAUUGAGGCCGGUAGUAUUUACUCAAAACUUAUCCAGAAUAGUCUGGGUAAUAGACUAAGUCAAUGGUCACUAAAAGAAUACUAUCUGAAGAAGGGUCUUUGUGAAUUAGCUGCCUCAGAUUCUGUGGCUGCAUCAAGAACGCUGCAAGAGGGUCAAAAUGAGGAUCCAAAUUUUGCCGAUUCAAGAGAAGCCACUUUACUAUCUAAUUUAAUUGAAGCCUAUAAUGAAAAUGACACUGAAAAAUUGAGUCAAGUUGUAUUCGAAUACGAUAAAUUCAAUAAAUUAGACAAAUGGAAGACUACCAUUCUACUCAAGAUUAAAGAGAGUAUUUCAGAGGCUGAAGAUGAUCUCUUGUAA